AUGUCCAUGCAAGAUGGAUCGGCUCCACAAGGGCCGCCAUACUUGCCGCCAAUUGCGUUCAUAGGGGGUGUACCAACGCUCGAGACGGACGUCCCGAUAUGUGCACUUCUCCUGCUCUUCUACGCAGGCGCGGCGAUAGGCCACAAUGUCACCUAUCAGCUGAACCGGAAAAAAGGCCACAAGUUCAUCCCCUCGAUCGUACUGUUUGGUUUCUGCAUGUCUCGAAUCUUGACGUGCGCGCUGCGGAUGGGGUGGGCACUGCAUCCCGACAACGUUUCGCUCAUCAUCGCCGCCAACGUGUUCGUCCAGGCUGGCAUCUUGAUCGUGUGGGUGGUUAACAUUAUCUUCACCCAACGCAUCAUUCGAGCCGUGCGACCCAAGAUUGGCUGGCAUCCCGUUGCAAGCCUUUUUCCCAAGGUCCUGUUUGCCCUGGCUGGCAUCUCCCUUGCAUUGGUCGUUAGCUGGACCAUCUCCUCGUACUACACGCUGGAUGAGCAAUUCCAGACCAUCGCGCGAGAUGUCCAGCGAGCCGCCAUCACAUAUCUGCUGGUCUUCACGCUCGUUCCGAUCGUGACGCUACCCCUCGCAUUCUCGAAGGGCAAAGGAGCGCAGGAAUUUGGACGCGGAAGCAUGGGGUCCAAAAUGGUCGUGGUUUGGGUGUCCAGCCACGUCUGUCUGCUCGAGGUCGUGUUCCGAGUAGCGACCAGCUGGGCGCCGGGCCGCCCGGCGGACAAUCCCGCCUGGUACCACUCCAGAGCGUGGUUUUACGUCUGCGAUUUUGCCCUGGAAAUCAUCGUCAUCUACUGGUUGCUGUUGGCACGAGUCGACCAACGCUUCCACGUGCCCGACGGAAGCAGCAAGCGAAAACACUACCACGCACCGGCAGAAGCACACGGGGACGAGUCGGACGCGGAAGCCGGGGACAUGUUUGACGAGGGACGCGACUACUGGGCGUACCAUCAGAGCGGCACGCUCACAGGGGACCACUGGAGGUCCAACCACAGCGGAGUGUUCCCGGGACGUCGGCGGAGGUCCCGCAACAGCGGGACUAUCGUCAGCCAGCGAGAUCGGAGGUCGCCUCACAUCGGCCGGGUCACGACGCGCGAGUACACGUCGCCGGCGGGAGAUGAUCGCCGGAAGUCGGGUCACAGCGAGAUCACGACGACGCAUUGGUUGCAAGUGCCCGAGACAGCGCCCACCGAGGUGUCCAGCGUCAGCCUGGGAAGAUGGUAA